AUGGCCAAGCUCAUUCUUGCUACAGGUUUGGCCAUUGUGCUGAAUGCUCAGUUGGCUUCUGCCUACAAGUUGAUGUGCUUUUCUCACAUAUCGACCAAGAACUUGCCUGACGUGGGGAGUUUCAAUUUUGGUUUUAUUGACUCCUGCUUGUGUACUCACAUAAUCUUUAACUUUGGUUGGAUGCCAAACAAUAAAAUCAUCAUGAAAAAUGAGGUGGACUUGAAGGAGUCCAAAGGUAUAUAUGAUCUGAAAAACAGGAACAAAGAACUGAAAACUCUCCUGGCCAUUGGAGGCAGUGAGCUUCAUUCUAACCAGUUCAGUGCCAUUGUGUGUACUGCUCAGAGCCGUCAGAAUUUCAUUACAUCAGUCAUCAAUUUCCUGCGCAUAAACAAUUUUGAUGGGCUGAACCUGGACUGGCGUUACCCUGGGUCUGGUGGAAGCCCACCUAAGGACAAGUAUCUCUUUACUCUCCUGGUACAGAAAUGGCGUGAAGCUUUUGAGAAAGAAUCCUUAGAGAAACAAAAGACCAGGCCACAGUAUCUGGUCAUCUCCAUCACUGAGCAUGCCUACAAGAUUCCUGAACUGUCACAAUCCCUUGAUUAUAUUCAGGUCAUGACAUAUGAUCUCCAUAGCUCCAAGGAUGGCUACACUGGAGAAAACAGUCCCCUCUAUGAAGGUCCUUCUGACCAUGGCAUUAGUGCCUACCUCAAUGUGGACUACAUCAUGACCUACUGGAAGAACCAUGGGGCUGAUCCUAAGAAGCUCAUUGUUGGAUUCCCCACAUAUGGACAAACCUUCACUCUGAGUGAUCCCUCUGACAAUGGAAUUGGUGCCUAUACCAUUAGUGAGAAGCACACAUAUGAAAAAGGAUUAUGGGCCUACUAUGAGAUUUGCAACUUCUUGAAUCAAGGAGCCACUGAGAAAUGGAAUGCCCCUCAGGAAGUGCCCUAUGCUUUUAGGAACACAGAAUGGGUUGGCUAUGAUAAUGUCAAGAGCUUCCAGAUUAAGGCUCAGUGGCUCAAGGACAAUAACUUAGGAGGUACUAUGGUCUGGCCCCUGAACAUGGAUGACUUCACUGGUUCUUUCUGUAACCAGGGAAGUUUCCCUCUGACCUCUACCUUAAAGAAAGCUCUCAAUGUCCACUGUCCUUGUUAUGAGGCAUCUUAUUGUGAGGAGCUUUAG